AUGAAUAGUGAAGAAUACAAAAAACUUGCAAGAAAUAAAAUUGAAGCUGACGCUUUAACUCAACAGGUUAGAGACGUUAUCAAAACAACAAAAUGGCAAAAACAAGAUAUGCGGGAAGGUUUUAAAGAGACAUUUAAACCACUUAUUAAAUCUCAAGAUAGCAUUAAAAAAAGUAUUGAUGAGCAGCAAAACGCAACUAUAGCACAACUAAAAGCUAAUCAACUUGCAUUAACAUCAGGAUUGGAAAAGAUUAAUGAAACUAAUUUAAGAUUGGCUGAAAUGAGAGAAUUACCAGCUUUGGAAGGUGUUUAUGAUGACCCAUCAACAUCUAGACCAAGAUCACCUACAUGUUAUAACAUUGAAAAAAAUUUUGAUAAAGUUGAUUUAGAAUUAUUAGAAAUUAUGGGAUAUCCAAGGCCAAAUAAUUUUUUUGGUACUGAUAUUGAUAGACUUGAAGAAAUACUUAAUGAAGUAAAAAAUGAUGUAAAAACUUUUACAGGAUAAUAGAUAAAGCAGAAAUAGAUAAUGUUAAAAUGCAAAAAGAUACUCUUCAUAAAUACAAAAACAUUCUUAAACUUUAUUUAGAUUCGCUUGAGUAUAAAAUAGGAGAAGGUAUUUACUUUAACAACCCACAUCAACUUCUAGACAGACUUGAAUUACUUGGUGGUUCAAUUCUUGCUGGGAAUAAUGGUGUGAUACCUGAGUUUUCUCAAAUAGCACAUCUUCUCAACCAAAUGAAAGUGAUCUCAAAAAAACAACUAAAUGAUUUAAUAAAAACUUAUAUAUAAUAGGGGAACCUUAUAUAUAGGGGAACCUACGGUUCCCCUAACACCCCUCCCUCUCAAAAUAAUAUAGUUAUUAAAUAAAAUGGAAGAACGAGCUAUUCACAUUUCUUCAAUAAACAGAGAAAAAAGAGGAACAAGCAAACCUGGUGAUUUUACUAUUAAGUUUAAUCCGUCUUUGAAACUUAACCCUGAAAAGAAACAUCAACUUGCUCUUGAUCGGUUGUCCAUGACUUACUCUUGGUACAAUAUUAGAAGUGAUUAUGGAAACAAUAAAAUCAAAUACACUCAUGAUGGUACCAACUGA